UGCUCAAUUCGAUCGAGUCGCAGAUUUAUAUGGUGUUAUAUGAAUUCUCCAUUGUUACAGUUCUUCUUUCUACAAGUGUCCAUCGGAAAGUCCCUGAAUUUGGAUUGCAGAUUUGAAGUAAAACUAUCAAGUAAUGGUAGAUUGGUGGAUAUCUUUGGUGGGGGCAGCAGUUCCUGCUUUGGUGGCAGGUCAAGCUAUAAGAAUGAAGAAUAGGAGAGCAGAAGAGCAGAGAUUGAAGAGUGCUCGAGGCCGUGAGAAAAGUUCUGAUGAUAUAUUCGUGUGUGAAAGGGUGUGCACCUCAAAGAGGAUGUUAAAGAAAGUUGGCGCAUUUUCUAAAGACCCGACUCCUGAUACGUGUGUCACUGUUUGCGGUGUCUCCGAACUCGAUGCUUGUGCUGAUGCAUGUGCUCGAACUGUUUGUGUGAACCAGCAUCAAGUGCCCAACUGGAACGAUAUUUGCCUCAAAAGAUGCCAAAGUGAGUGCUUAAAGCUUUCAAACACUGCAGCUGUGUCUUCAUAACAUUUAAUGUGUUUUUAUUUAUUAACUCAACUGAAUCUUCCGGCAUCUAUCAUGGUAUGAAAUGUUGAUCACUGAGUUAUGUUCUAAAUAUGACCUCUAUUUUUCAUCA